AUGCAGGUGGCCACUUUGUUCCGCGAGUCGGCUAAUCUACUCGGUGCCGCUAUGGAACCCGGUUCGUCGACGGACAGCAAUUCGCCCUCUCUGAAGCAACAACAGCAACAGCAGCAGCAGCAACAACAACAGUCUAACAAUUAUGGUAAUUGUGACGUUGUUAACAAUGGACCUCAGCCAGCAUCUUCUGUAAAACAAGAAUCUGCUUGUGCGGAUGAUGGAUAUGAAACUAGUGGUGGUGGUACCGAUGCUGAACAAGCUGCAGCAAAACAUUCGGCCGCAGUAGCCGUUGCAGCAGCUACUGCUGCAGCUGCAGCCGCAGCAGCACAGCAUCAUAAUAAUAUUAUGAACCAGUUACCUCCGAUGCAUCAUCACCAACAACAACAUAUGAAUACACACAUGCAUCCACAUCACCAUGGUCAUGCUCAUCAUCAUCAUCAAAUGAACAACAUGCAACAACACCAGAUUAAGUAUGAAAUGCCUGAUGAUCCAUAUAGUUUUGUUGAUGAAGAAAUGCAGCAUCAUGGUCAACAAAACUUGCAAUACACCGAAGAAAUGAUUUUACAACACAUGCCAAAGAAGCGAGGCAGGAAGAAAAAAUUUAAACCUGAGGAUCAGAUGAGUUUGCAAUGCUUAAAUCCUGAUCAAGCAUUUGGGUUAAUGCAACAUAUGUUGCCAAAAGAUAAAUUAUUGACAAACCCUGCCAAGGUUUACAAGGAAAGAAAAAAACAUGACCGUUUUAAUGGCAUGCCUGAAGAAGAGGUAUCAAAGCGCACUUUACCUGACCAUCUAACGAAUAAUUUAGAUAUUGUGAUUAUUGGUAUCAAUCCUGGUUUAUUUGCUGCUUAUAAAGGUCAUCAUUAUGCAGGUCCUGGAAAUCAUUUCUGGAAAUGUUUAUACCUAUCUGGUCUUACACCAGAACCCAUGACUGCGGAUGAUGAUUAUAAACUACUUCAAAAUGGUAUAGGGUUUACAAAUAUGGUGGAAAGAGCUACAAAAGGUAGUGCUGAUCUCACAAGAAAAGAAAUUAAAGAAGGAAGUCAAAUUCUUCUCGAAAAGCUACAACGAUUUAAACCAAAAAUUGCAGUAUUCAAUGGAAAACUUAUUUUUGAGGUGUUUUCUGGGAAAAAAGAUUUUACAUUUGGUCGUCAACCCGAACUCGUAGAUGGAACAAAUACGUAUAUGUGGGUAAUGCCGUCAUCUAGUGCCCGAUGUGCACAAUUGCCACGCGCAGCUGAUAAAGUACCAUUUUAUGCUGCGUUAAAGAAGUUUCGAGAUUAUUUAAAUGGUCUGGUGGCCGAAAUUGAUGACAGUGAAGUGGUAUUCUCAUUUACUAAAUUAAAAAAUUAUUAUGAGCCAGAUAUCAAAGAAGAACCUAAAGAUGAAGUGCCAUCUGUGUAUUUCAACAACUAUAAUUCAGUAGUUGAAAACCAAGAAACAAUAGAAAAUAUUGCCGAUGUUAAAGAUGAACCACCUGUGGUUCAAAAGAAAAAACGAGGGCGACCAAAGAAAAUAAAAACUAAAGAUGGAAUACCUGAAGAAGUGAAAGUUAAGCGCCCUAAACCUCAGGUAGUGGAAGAACGAGAAGGAAUGCCUAAAAAGAAAAGAGGGAGGCCGAAAAAAAUUAAGCCCGACCCAAAUCAGUUACCACCAACAAAUAAUGUUGUGCCACCAGUUUUAUCUUGUGAACAUAGUAACCCAUCAACUCAAUUAUCAAAUUGUUUCUCUCCGCCAAUUCAGUCUCCCAUGAACUUGUCACAGUUAUAUGGAGGAAAUAAUGUUAUAAAUAAUAUAUAUAACAACCAAAGCUCUUCACAUUCACCUAUAUCUAACAGUGGUGGUGGUGGUGGUGGCGGUGGUGGCGGUGGUGGAGGUAGCAGUGGUGGAAACAACAAUGCAAAUUUUCACCAUCAUCGUUCGCCAAUUCAAUCGCAACAACAUAGGUAUUCUCAGUCACCACAAGCUCCAUCCUUUACACAUUCUGAUUUGUCGUCAGAAAUCAGUGCAGCUAUCUCUUCAGAACAUAACUUAGGAUCACGAUCUCCAGCAUCACCCAGUUUGGGUCCACCUGAUUUCGAGCCACCAGCUAGCCUGCUGGCCGAAGAUAAUAGUCCUCACAGCAGUCAACAUAGUGGCGGUGUAACCAAAGAAGAUCUAAUUGGAGUUGACCAACACUCUAGACCAUCACAAAUGGAAUGUCAGUUUAAUAAUACAGUCGGUGGAUCUCAGCAACCACAAAAAACAAAUACAAAGAUGGAUAUGCAUCAUUACCCUCAAUCGCAUGGAUAUGAUGAAUAUUCAGGCAAUGUAGAAUCUGUAGCAGGAUCUCCGGCCUAUCCUCCAGCAGAAUCUCCAGUAUAUCCUCCACCACCAACUGGAUAUCCACAACAACAACAACAACAGCAGCAGCAGCAGCAGCAACAACAACAACAACAACAACAGCAACAACAACAUCCACACCAACAAAAGAUAACAAAUAAUCAAGAUGUUACAGCAAAAAGUUUAUCAGGCUUGGAAUCUUUAGUUGAACAAAUUCCUAACAUGAACGAUAGUGAUGUACAGCAUAGUGGACAUCACCAUCAUCAUCAUCAGUAUAUGGAUGAAUCAAAUUCAGGUUACAUGCCUAGUGAUUACUCAUGUUCUCCCUCUUUAAAUUAUUCUUAUUCGUCAUCGCCUUGUGCACCCCAAGGAAAUAUGAACAACUUUUCAGUAAGCUCAUUAACAAAUGGGGCAAAUCAUCAUCAUCAACAAGCAACAAUGUCUCAACCGUCAACGUUCUCUGUUAGCAACCUUACAUCUUCAUCAUACCCACCACCACCACCUACAAUAAAUUAUAAUCAUCAUCAUUCUGGUGGUGUUAUGAUGGACAUGGAUAGACUACAACAACAGUACCAACAGCCAUACAACAAUCAGUAUGCCAGCUCAAUGCAAUUUAAUGGGGGAUUAGGACCACCUGGAAAUGGAUAUUCACAUAACACACAUAACAUACACAUGCCAACUCCAAAUUUCCCUUAUCCACCUCAAAACUCCAUGUCGUAUGGUAACAAUAAUAGUGGUAAUGGAGUUUCACCUUAUAUCCAAUCAAGUGGUGGGUAUUUGUCUGUAAACCGUAUGGAUAUUGGAUAUGGUGGUGGUAACUAUUAA